CCUGACCCGGUUGCUGACGGGACGCAGCUGGAAGGGACCGAGACUGCGAAAGCCCCUUUCCCACAAAGCUGCUGUGAAGUGGUCCCCUCUCCUCCGGCCGCCGCUGGAGAGCGGAGACCUUCCGCAGGCCUUUAAGGGUCAAAAGGUGCGCGGUCUCUUUAAGGCAGGUUUCUCAUUUCUGAAGGAAGUGACGGGGCGGGGGGUGGGCGGGGGGAAUUGAAUGAAAAGUGCAAAACAGCCCUCGAGUGUCGGAGUCCGGAGCCGCGGGAGACCCUAGAGGGCAGCGGGAGACCCGAGGCUGCCUAGGAGCCGCCCGGUGCACGCCGCGGGGCACAGUCUUUGUGCGUCUGUGCCACAUCUCCAGCGGCCCGCAGCCAAGCCCCCAAGGAGCCGCUCUCAGGAGCCCCAAGUUAGCCACCAACUUUGAGCGAAGUUUGUAGCACCUCUCUCCUCCCGCACGCUCCGUGCUGAGGCCGCAGAGGGCGGCGGUGGCCCACGGGGAUGAGCCCUUCAGGCUGUUGCGGACUUCCUACCGCGUCGCAUGCGCUGCUCAUGCUGCUUUCGCUUAUGGGGCCGCUAUUGGGGGCACCGCGUGGCGUGGGCGGAGAGGCGGGUGCGCCUACUGAGCUGCGAGUCCGCGUGCGGCUGCCGAACGGCCAGGUGACAGAGGAGAGCCUGCAGGCGGACAGCGACAACGACAGCAUCAGCCUCGAGCUGCGCAAGCCCGACGGCACCCUUGUCUCCUUCAUUGCCGACUUCAAGAAGUAUGUGAAGAUCUUCCGGGCUCUGAUCCUGGGGGAGCUGGAGAAGGGUCAGAGUCAGUUCCAGGCCCUCUGCUUUGUCACCCGACUGCACCACAAUGAGAUCAUCCCCAGUGAGGCCAUGGCCAAGCUUCGACAGAAAAAUCCAUGGGCAGUGCGUCAGGCUGAAGAGGUGCGGGGCCUCGAACACCUGCACUUGGAUAUCGCUGUAAACUUCAGUCAGGGGGCCCUGCUGAGUCCCCAUCUCCACAAUGUGUGUGCAGAGGCAGUGGAUGCCAUCUACACCCGCCAGCAGGAUGUCAAGUUCUGGUUGGAGCAAGGUGUGGACAGCUCCAUCUUCAAGAUUCUGCACAAGGACACAGAGCAGGCUUUGCUACCUCGCUGCGGGCAGGUGGGGGACCAAGGGAUGCCCUGUGUCUGUCACUAUAGCCUGAGCCUGGCCUGGUACCCCUGCAUGCUCAAGUAUUGCCAUAGCCGGGAUCGGCUGGCACCUUACAAAUGUGGCAUCCGCAGCUGCCAGAAGAGCUACAGCUUCAAAUUCUACAUGCCCCAGAGGCAGCUAUGUCCCUGGGAUGAAGAUCCCUAGCCAGGCUGGGGUGAAGGCUCACCACUCUUUCUCCCAACCCCACAGAGGCCUUAUUUCUCUCCCUCCUCUCCCUGCCUAUCCUUUCCCCUGCUCUUCCCCUUCCCCUUUUCCUUUCCUUCCCUUCCCCUUCCUUUCCCCUUCCCCCUUUCUUCCCUCCCCUAAUCCCAGAGCCUCCAGCCCCAUCACUCAUAACUGUGAAACGGGAUGUGGCAUGGCAGCUUCCACUCCCACUGUGUGCCUUUCUUGAGGACAGGAAAGAAAAGGUGGUUCUCUAUACUAUACCCCUCCUUGCCUCCUUCAUCCCCCCUUUCAAGCAACCAAAAUAUCAUGGCGUGUGAUUCUCUUAUUUAACUCUUUAAAGAUAUAGACCCCAAAAGGUGUCUUUGCCUGUUAUACCCACCUCCCCACAUAGAACCCCUCCCUAACCACGAGGAAGAAGUGGCCACUCUGUAUUUUCAACUACCCAAGAAGGAGGGCAUUAUCGCCCCAGAGAGGGGGCUGUUGGGGCUGAUGCUUCAGCCCCUACACCAGGUCACAAUGCAUUUUACUCAUCAUUGGCUUCCUAGGCUCCACUGGGGCAGGUGGGAACCUCCCAGCUCUGAGACAGACCCCCUGUGUCUUUUCCCAGACCCAGACUUAGCUAUGAGAGCAGGUACCACCUUUCUCCUUCUAAACAGAAAUAUGUUUGUAGGGUUAUGGGUCAGGUAGGGAGCUUGAAGUAUGAGGAAAACUUGAAUUCCAGAUUUUUAAUGCAAAGUAUUUAUCAUUUCUACCAGAAAUAAAAGUUUCAAUUUUUACUUGA